GUGCCGGCACCGGGGGCCUGGGCCUGGCCGUGGAGGGCCCCUCCGAAGCCAAGAUGUCCUGCACUGAUAACAAGGACGGCAGCUGCUCGGUGGAAUACGUCCCCUACGAACCCGGCACCUACAGCCUCAACGUCACCUACGGCGGGCACCAGGUGCCAGGGAGCCCCUUCCAGGUGCCGGUGCAUGACGUGGUGGACUCAUCCAAGGUGCUGUGCUCGGGGCCAGGACUGACGCCGGGCGUCGUGCGGGCUAGCGUGCCCCAGACCUUCUCCGUCGACACCAGCCAGGCGGGCGUGGCCCCCCUGCAGGUCAAGGUGCAGGGCCCCAAAGGCGUGGUGGAGCCGGUGGAGGUGGUGGACAAUGCCGAUGGCACCCAGACGGUGAGCUACGUGCCCAGCCGUGAGGGACCCUACAGCAUCGCCGUGCAUUACGGAGACCAGGAAGUGCCGCGCAGCCCCUUCAAGGUGAAGGUUCUGCCCACACAUGACGCCAGCAAAGUGAAGGCCAGCGGCCCCGGGCUCAACACCACCGGGGUCCCAGCCAGCCUGCCCGUGGAGUUCACCAUUGACGCCAAGGACGCCGGCGAGGGGCUGCUGGCCGUGCAGAUCACGGACCCCGAGGGGAAGCCCAAGAAGGCCACGAUCCGGGACAACCAGGACGGCACCUACACGGUCUCCUAUGUGCCCGACACGACGGGCCGCUACACCAUCCUCAUCAAAUACGGCGGGGACGAGAUCCCCUACUCCCCCUACCGCAUCCGGGCCCUGCCCACCGGCGACGCCAGCAAGUGCACCGUCACUGUGUCGAUCGGAGGUCACGGGCUAGGCGCCGGAAUCGGCCCCACCAUCCAGAUCGGGGAGGAGACGGUGAUCACGGUGGACACCAAGGCGGCGGGCAAAGGGAAGGUGACCUGCACGGUCUGCACGCCCGAUGGCUCCGAGGUGGACGUGGACGUGGUGGAGAACGAGGAUGGCACCUUCGACAUCUUCUACACGGCCCCCCAGCCCGGGAAAUACGUCAUCUGCGUCCGCUUUGGGGGCGAACACAUCCCCAACAGCCCCUUCCAGGUCCUGGCCACGGACCGUCCCCUGAUGGGAGUCAAUGGCCUGGACGUGGCCGGGCUGCGGCCGUUUGACCUGGUCAUUCCGUUCACCAUCAAGAAGGGGGAGAUCACGGGCGAGGUCCGGAUGCCCUCGGGGAAGGUGGCCAAGCCCGACAUCACAGACAACAAGGACGGGACUGUGACGGUGAGAUACGCGCCCACGGAGGCCGGGCUGCACGAGAUGGACAUCCGCUGUGACAGCCUGCACAUCCCAGGGAGCCCCCUGCAGUUCUACGUGGACUACGUCAACAGUGGGCACGUCACGGCCUACGGCCCAGGGCUGAUCCACGGCGUGGUCAACAAGCCGGCCACCUUCACUGUCAACACCAAGGACGCCGGCGAAGGUGGGCUGUCCCUGGCAGUUGAGGGCCCCUCCAAGGCCGAGAUCAGCUGCACCGACAACCAGGAUGGCACCUGCAGCGUCUCCUACCUGCCCGUGCUGCCCGGCGACUACAGCAUCGUGGUGAAAUACAACGAGAAGCACAUCGCGGGCAGCCCCUUCACCGCCCGCAUCACCGGCGACGACACGCUGCGAAUGUCCCAGCUGAAGGUCGGCUCCUCGGCCGACAUCCCCCUGGACAUCGCGGAGACGGAUCUGAGCCAGCUGACGGCGACCGUCACCCCCCCGUCAGGGCGCGAGGAGCCCUGCCAGCUCAAACGCCUACGCAACGGCCACGUGGGCAUCUCGUUCGUGCCCAAGGAGGUGGGCGAGCACCUGGUGAACAUCAAGCGGAACGGGCAACACAUCCCCAACAGCCCCAUCACGGUGACCAUCAGCCAGUCAGAGAUCGGUGACGCCAGCCGGGUCCGCGUCUCGGGGCCUGGCCUCAGCGAGGGGCGCACCUUUGAGCCGGCUGAGUUCCUCAUCGACACCCGGGACGCAGGCUAUGGCGGGCUCAGCUUGUCCAUCGAGGGCCCCAGCAAGGUGGACAUAAACACGGAAGACCUGGAGGACGGGACCUGCCGCGUUACCUACUGCCCCACGGAGCCCGGCAACUACAUCAUCUCCAUCAAAUUUGCUGACCAGCACGUGCCAGGGAGCCCCUUCUCGGUGAAGGUGACAGGCGAGGGGCGGGUGAAAGAGAGCAUCACCCGGCGACGCCGCGCUCCCCCUGUGGCCAACGUGGGCAGCGCCUGCGACCUCAGCCUCAAGAUCCCAGAGAUCAGCCUGGCGGACAUGACGGCCCAGGUGACGGGCCCCUCGGGGCAGCGGCUGGCGGCCGAGGUGCUGGAGGCGGAGAACAGCACCUAUUGUGUCCGGUUCGUGCCCGCCGAGACGGGCGUGCACUCAGUCAGCGUCAAAUACAAGGGGCAGCACGUUCCCGGCAGCCCCUUCCAGUUCACCGUCGGGCCGCUGGGCGAGGGCGGUGCCCACAAGGUGCGGGCGGGGGGCCCUGGCCUGGAGCGGGCCGAGGCCGGCGUGCCAGCCGAGUUCAGCAUCUGGACGCGGGAGGCGGGCGCCGGGGGUCUCUCCAUCGCUGUCGAGGGGCCCAGCAAGGCCGAGAUCGCCUUCGAGGACAGGAAAGACGGGUCCUGCGGCGUGGCCUACAUCGUCCAGGAGCCCGGCGACUACGAGGUGUCAGUGAAGUUCAACGAGGAGCAUGUUCCCGAAAGCCCCUUCGUGGUGCCGGCGGCGGCCCCCUGCCAUGACGCCCGGCGCCUGACUGUUACCAGCCUUCAGGAGUCAGGGCUCAAGGCCAACCAGCCGGCUUCCUUUGCAGUCAGCCUGAACGGCGCCAAGGGGGCACUGGACGCCAAGGUGCACAGCCCCUCGGGUGCGCUGGAGGAAUGUCACGUCACUGAGAUCGACGAAGAUAAAUACGCCGUGCGCUUCAUCCCACGGGAGAACGGCGUCUACUCCAUUGACGUCAAGUUCAACAGCGCCCACAUCCCCGGCAGCCCCUUCAAGAUACGCGUCGGGGAGCCAGGCCAGGCGGGCGACCCGGGCCUGGUGUCUGCGUAUGGCGCAGGCCUGGAGGGGGGCACCACCGGUAGCCCGGCGGAGUUCGUGGUGAACACGACCAACGCGGGCCCCGGGGCCCUGGCCGUGACCAUCGACGGCCCCUCCAAGGUGCAGAUGGACUGCCAGGAGUGCGCCGAGGGCUACAAAGUGACCUACACGCCCAUGGUGCCCGGCAGCUACCUGAUCUCCAUCAAGUACGGCGGCCCCUACCACAUCGCCGGCAGCCCCUUCAAGGCCAAGAUCACAGGCUCCCGCCUGGUGAGCAGCCACAGCUUGCACGAGACGUCCUCUGUCUUCGUGGACUCGGCCGGGCGGGCGGAGGUGGCUGUGCUGCAGGGGGCGCCCCCCAAGUUCGCCUCGGACGCCAGCAAGGUGGUGGCCAAGGGUCUGGGGCUGAGCAAGGGCUUCGUGGGCCAGAAGAACUCCUUCACGGUGGACUGCAGUAAAGCAGGGAACAACAUGCUGCUGGUGGGCGUGCACGGCCCGCGCACGCCGUGCGAGGAGAUCGUGGUGAAGCACCUGGGGAACCGGCUCUACAGUGUCUCCUACCUGCUGAAGGAAAAGGGUGACUACGUCCUGGUGGUGAAAUGGGGCGACCAGCACGUGCCCAACAGCCCCUUCCACGUCUCUGUGCCGUAGCCCCCGCCCGGACGCCUGGGUCCGCUGGGCCCCUGC